AUGGAGCCUGAGAUCGCCUAUCGUAUCAAACGAUUCAGAGAUAUGAAAAAAUUAAAAUUAAGUUUGAUUCUUGGUGGAACAAAGGGGCUCAUCAAUUCAUCGCCGCUUUGCAUUGGAAAGCUCAACUCACCGGAAAAUCACCGGAGUUCGUCGUCGGCCGCCGCAAACACUAUUAGAACCUCAGAGAGCAUGGACACUCAAAAAAGCCAAGCUGAAAAGCAGCCUCCGUCCGCCGCAGCUGCAACUUCAUGUCGAAAGAAAAAGCACGAAGAAGCCGCAUUCUUGGAAGAUAUAAAGGAUCACAUUGACGAGUUUAUUCAUGCUUCUAUGGAUGAACACAAAACCUGCUUUCAGAAAACAAUUAAAAAGAUGUUUGGUUUGUCUAAGGUUGUUGCUGAAGCAAAUGCUGCUAAAGAAGUUGAAAGUUCUUUGGCUCUUCAGACAGUUUUAAAAGAGUAA